AAAUAUAAGAAAGUAAAGUCGAUGGGACUUGGGGCUUUGUUCGUAUAGAAGGCGCUAAUAAUAAUUAUUAACUACGCUGUUGGCAGAAACUGUUAUUAUACCUGGGUCAAUUGUUAUUUAAAAAAAAAAAAGGUUGCCAGGUUCGUUUUGUUACUAUGGAAACGAUGGUUCACAGAUACGCGUACAGCAGGACGAACAAGUGAGCUAACGCAAACCAACCACUGAGACUGAGAAGCUCGCCGGAAAUGGAGGAGCGCUUUGCCUUCUUGACUGAGUGGUACGACCCCAGCGCUGCCCUCCUACGCCGCUACCAGCUUCUGUACUAUCCUAAAGAUGGCUCUGUGGAAAUGUUUGAUGUGAAGAACCAACGGACCUUUUUGCGAAGGACCAAAUAUGACGACCUCCAUCCAGAGGAUCUGUUUGUGGGGAACCGUGUGAUUGUCUUCUCUCGACAGCUCAACCUCAUUGACUAUGGAGACCAGUACACAGCCAACAAAUUGGGCAGCAAGAAAGAGAGGACAUUGGCUAUGAUUAAGCCAGAUGCCGUGACCAAAGUGGGCAGCAUUAUUCAGAUGGUGUAUGAUGCUGGCCUUAUAGUCACCAAGGCAAAAAUGACCAAACUUACCGGGAAGCAGGCAGCAGACUUUUACAUGGAACAUCAGUCAAAGUCUUUUUUCAAUAACCUGGUCCAGUUUGUGAGCUCUGGGCCUAUAAUUGUCAUGGAGCUGAUGGGAGACGAAGCUGUGUCUGUAUGGAGAAAAGUUUUGGGUCCUACUGACUCUGGUGUGGCAGGCAAAGACGCUCCAGCCAGCCUGCGAGCCCAGUUUGGAACAGAUGGCACGAAAAAUGCAGGCCAUGGGUCAGAUUCGUUGGCAUCUGCAGCACGGGAGUUGGAAUUCUUCUUUCCUUCAACUGCAGGUCAUGGCCCUUCCAAUACAGCUAAAUACCAAGAGUCUACCUGUUGCAUUAUCAAACCACAUGCUAUCUCGGAGGCUCUGACUGGAAAAAUCCUUGCCUCAAUCACAGAAGCUGGAUUUGAGAUCUCUGCAUUGCAAAUGUUCAACAUGGAUCAGGCAAAUACAGAGGAGUUUCUAGAAGUUUAUAAAGGCGUCGUCACGGAGUACACAAAUAUGGUGGCUGAGCUGUGUUCUGGACCCUGCAUGGCCCUGGAGAUUCACUGUGUGGAUGCCCCCAGAAAGUUCAGAGAAUUCUGCGGUCCAGCCGACCCGGAAAUUGCUCGUCAUUUGAGGCCCAAGACUUUACGAGCUCUUUACGGCAAGAACAAAGUACAGAACGCAGUCCACUGUACCGAUCUUCCAGAGGACGGCUUACUGGAGGUCCAGUAUUUCUUCAAGAUUCUAGAUGGCUGACUGUAGAUAUAUAAUUGCACAUAUAUGAUUUUAUGAUUGUUUAAAUAAUAA